GGCUCCCGCCGGGCCGGGGCCGAUCCCGACCCCCCUUCCCUUAUCCCGGGAGAUUCCUCCGCAGCCCCGGCCAGGCUCCGAGGGCGCGGGGGUGGCUCCCGUGCCCCUGCCGCGCGAUGUCCAGCGAGGAGAGCUACCUGGCCAUCCUGCGGUACCUGACGAACGAGCGGGAGCCAUACGCGCCGGGCACCGAGGGCAACGCCAAGCGGAAGAUCCGCAAGGCCGCCGCCUGCUACGUGGUGCGCGGCGGCACCCUGUACUACCAGCGGCGGCAGCGCGACCAGCAGCGCUUCGCCGAGCUGGAGGUGGUGCUGCAGGCCGAGCGCCGCGCCCGCCUCAUCCGCGCCGCGCACCUGGCGCCCGACGGCGCGCAUCGCACCCGGCUGCAGACCUGGCAGGGGCUCUCGCAGAAGUACUGGUGGAGAGGUAUUCUUAAGCAGGUUAAAGAUUACAUUAAGGAAUGCAGCAAGUGCCAGGAAAAGCUAGAUCGCUCUAGAUCUCUCUCAGAUCCUUCUGAAAUGCUAGAGGAGCUAGGACUUGAUGCAAAAUCUCAUGAAGACAGUAAUGAAACAGAUGAUGAAUUGAGCAACACAGCAUCAAUCCCUACUGCAUCCCCAAAGCCUGUGAAGAAGAAGCCAAUAGCAAAGCAUGAGCUUGUGUUUGUUGACAGUAAGGGCCUUGUGAAGCAGUCAUCUUCCAAACAUUGUCUGUCAGUCUUAAACCAACUGAAUCAGCAGAGGCUUUCCAAUCAGUUCUGUGAUGUGACUUUGCUGAUUGAAGGAGAGGAGUACAAAGCUCACAAAUCUGUCUUGGCAGCCAACAGCGAGUACUUCCGAGAGCUCUUCAUUGAAAAGGGAGCUGUCACUAGUCAUGAAGCUGUAGUGGAUCUGUCAGGUUUCUGCAAGUCCAGUUUCCUGCCUUUAUUGGAAUUUGCUUAUACUUCAGAACUAACGUUUGACUUCUGUAGUAUGGCAGAAGUGGCCAUGCUUGCCCGGCAUCUCUUCAUGUCAGAGGUCCUUGAAAUCUGUGAGAAUGUGCACAAACAGAUGGAAGAGAAGCAAAUUACAGUGUACCAAAAGGGAGAUACUCAAACAGUAGAGUCAACACAAAAUCUAGCAGAGCAGGCUGAAGUGGAGAUGCAGCCCAUGGAUGGUGUUGAGCAACCUAAACUCACAGCCAGUGAAGUGCCAGUAGCUGUGAAUAGAGCUCCUUCCUCUGCUGGGACAGAGGAGGCAGCUGCACCUGAGUCUGACCUCCUGCAGCCAGAGCCUCUGGAGGUCACUGCAGGUGGUCCUUCCAAGCCUGUGGAGCAGUGUGAAACAACUGAAAAUUACAUCAAGAUCCAGCUGGUGGAGAGUAUUUCAAACAGCCUGUGCAACAGGCUCAGCACUGAGCCAGUGGCUGUGGAAGCUGUGGACGCUCAGAGUCAAAGGGAAACUGAGACAGUUCAAAAUCAAAGUGAUAAAGCACAUGUGGACUCUGCUCCUGAAAACUCCUCAGAGUCACUCAAGCAAAAAAGUAAUGAGCAGAGCAGCUCCAGUUCCCAGCCAGAAAGCCUCACUUCCAGCCAGGACGAUACUUACAAAAGCAAGCUUCGCCAACGUUCAGUCAGUGAGGGGGGAUACAUCAGGCUGCAUAAAGGAAUUGAAAAAAACCUGCAGAAUAGAAAGAAAAAUCCUAAAUCUGCAGUGCAGCAGGUUGCCAUGAAGCUAGUACAAAGAGGGAAAAAAAUGAAACAGCCCAAAAGAGACACCAUGGAAAAGAAUGAAGUGGAAGCUCAGCACAAAUGCACUGACUGUGGAAUGGUGUUCCAGCGGCGUUAUGCACUUAUAAUGCACACACUGAAACAUGAAAGAUCUAAAGAAUAUAAGUGCCCAUUGUGUAAGAAAGAAUUCCAAUACGGUGCCUCCCUGCGGGCCCAUCUGGUGCGGCACACACGGAAGACAGAAGCCACUGCUGCAGCUCCAGGUGCCGACGGAACAGGCAUGUCCUCAGUGAAAGGGAGAACCAAACGGGAAUUCGUGUGUGACAUAUGUGGAAGAACUCUGCCAAAGCUCUAUUCUCUCAGAAUACAUAUGCUUAAACAUACAGGUGUCAAACCCCACGCAUGCAAGGUUUGUGGAAAGACCUUUACAUAUAAGCAUGGAUUAAAAAUGCACUUAGCUCUCCAUGAAGUACAGAAACAGUUCAAGUGUGACUUGUGUGAAAAGUCUUUUGUCACAAAAAGAAGUCUUCAGGAACACAUGAGCAUUCAUACAGGAGAAUCCAAAUAUCUUUGCUCCAUAUGUGGAAAAUCUUUCCACAGGGCAUCAGGACUCAGUAAACACAUAAAGAAACAUCAGCCAAAGCCUGAAGUUCGGGGAUAUCAGUGUACUCAGUGUGAGAAGAGUUUCUAUGAAGCUCGCGAUCUUCGGCAGCAUAUGAAUAAACAUUUGGGUGUGAAGCCAUUUCAGUGUCAAUUCUGUGGAAAAUGUUACAGCUGGAAGAAGGACUGGUAUUCUCAUGUAAAGUCUCAUUCUGUCACAGACCCUUAUAGGUGUAAUGUAUGUGGAAAAGAAUUUUAUGAGAAAGCUUUGUAUCGAAGACAUGUAAAGAAAGCCACACAUGGUAAAAAAGGAAGAGCAAAACAAAAUCUGGAACGAGUUUGUGAGCACUGUGGAAGAAAAUUCACACAACUCCGGGAAUAUAGAAGACAUAUGAACAAUCAUGAAGGUGUGAAGCCCUUUGAGUGCUUGACGUGUGGCGUGGCCUGGGCGGACGCGCGCUCCCUGAAGCGCCACGUGCGGACGCACACGGGGGAGCGGCCCUACGUGUGCCCCGUCUGCAGCGAGGCCUACAUUGACGCACGGACCCUGCGCAAGCACAUGACCAAGUUCCACAGGGACUACAUACCCUGCAAAAUCAUGCUGGAAAAGGAUACUCUUCAGUUCCACAACCAGGGGACGCAGGUGGAGCAUGCCAUCAGCAUUUUAGCAUCAGACGUGCAGGAGCAAGAAACGGAGAUCAGCUUUGGUGCUGGUGAGGGCGAGACUGUGGUAGUGACAGGAGAGACUCUUGAAGCCAUUGAAGCAGUUGCAGCUACUGAGGAAUGCACGUCAGUCUCUACCCUUUCUGACCAAAGCAUCAUGCAGGUGGUAAAUUAUGUGCUGGCACAACAGCAAGGACAGAAAAUGGCUGAAGUGACACAGGCCAUUGAAACUGUAGAAGUGGCCCACGUGACAAAGACAGAGCCAAUUUAGUGUAUGAGAGAGCAAGGGUAAGGUUCUGUAUCUGUGAGAGCCAAGUAUUUAACAGGUUAUCUCAGGCUUUCAAGUGAUUCCUGUUUUCAAAUCGUUGAUACUCAGUACCUCAGUGUUGUGAUGACAGAAUACUGCACCACGCAUUAGAGGGGAAAAAUACCAAUACUCUAGUGGGCCAAGGCAUUGAAAGCUAAGAUUUCUAUACUGACUGUAACUUUGAAAAAAAAAAGAAGGCAAAAUAAUGGUUUUGUGUCAUGCAGUAUCAUACUGUAACUUUGAAAAAUAAAAAUAAAAGACAUAUAAAAAGACUGCACUAAAAACUAGAAAUGCACAGCUAAUGAUAGCUUUUUUGUUUGUUUUGAUGUGCAUUUCAUCAAGUUUGUAAGCAAAUUACCUGUAUUGGAUUCUAAUGGCACGCUUCUUUAGGAACUGAGGAAGUCCAGCUGGUUAUAGACUGAUCUUGUCUUGUGUGAUAUUGAAAGGAGGAGCCCUGCUAAUUCCCAAGUAGGACAUAUGACAGUAUCAGGGCAGAGAAAUAAGAAAAUCUUAGAAUGGGGUAAAAAUUAAAUUUGUCUCAAAAUUACCAGAAUCUCUACAAGACCUUAUUACUGCUGCUUUAAGAAGAAUAUUUCUAGGGCUGGUUGAUACCUGGUGUAACACCACAUAGUUGGAAAAUCCUUUCUGUGGGUGUUCCUGCAAGUAAGUGUGAAUGACACUUGUGCUUGGCCCAGGUUUCCAUGUCCCUGGUUUAAUACCAGGUUCCUUUGUUGCUGCAUGUUUUUUUAAAGCAAGUAGCAUGUUUGUCAAGGAAAAAAGUGCUUUGCAUGUGAACAAUCAGAGCUGUAGUCUUUAAAUUCUUCUCGGUCUAUAAUGGUAUAAUGUUUCCUAACCUGGACAGCAGCAAGAUACCCAAGUAGCCAGAAACUUGUAAUAUUGCAGAGUAAACUUCAUGAAUAAAGUGACAUGCAUAUAACUCUGAUACCUGUGAAACAGAUAGAUUGAAAAAAAUUUCAGCAAACCCUGUGGCAAAGUAAUCACCUCAUUUGAAUUAGUGAAAAUUUCUACUUUUCAUCUUAUUUAACUGUGUGGAUAUCUAUCUAUUAAACUACACAACGGACCUUUCUUUUUAUACUUUGCAAUUCUGUAGAUAAGCAGUUGUUGAAAAUUUUUAAUGUUUGAGUUCUGUCUUGGAUCCAAAUUAAUUUGUAGAUGCCUCUUUCAAAAGUCAGGGUCUUAUUUCAGAGAAAUAAUGUAGCUAUUUAUAUAUCCUGCACCCCUUUACAGUUGCAUUAUUUUCUAAUUACCAAAUGGAGUAAAACUAAAAUUAAUAUUAAAAAAAAAUACUACUAGCUGUAACUUGAAUUUUUGUAUGGUAAUGAAUCUGGAGAUAGCCAUCCUGAUUAAAAUUAAAAUACUGCCAUUAUGAUGGAAAAAAGAUUAAAAAGAGCACUAGAUGAACUUGAAAACUUACUUCAAUGCUUUUAUUUUAAAAAUAAUUAUGUAUUACUAAAGUGAAGAAGUGUUCAAGGAAAAAUAGCUGUAAAUAGUGCUAGAACAUUAUUUGUAUAUUUAGUGUGUUACCUUACAGAAAAGAAUAUUGCCAGCACCUUAGUUUAAUCUUUGGUGGAUUUAUUUAUUUGCCCAACCUAUGGAAGAAGCAAAAGUGAAUCUGAAUUUCAGAGCCUUCUUAUCCACUGUCAGAAUGCUUUUACUGACUCAGCGAUCUGCUGUUUAAAAACAACCACCAACCAAACUAAUCACAAAAGGUUGUUUUCUAAACAAGAUUCAGCCAGGAAUGUCAAAGCUGAAUGCUGUGGCACCCCUUUCCUAACAUGCUGUGCCUUACCUUUUCAGAAUGGCCUGAGGUAAGUAGGGAGUGUCGCUCUUGGCUUUGCUGUUCCCAACUGUGUGGAGUUGCCUUAUGUUUUUCUUUGGACUUCAGCACUUAAGACAUUCGCUACUCUUCUGCAAAAGUCAGACUGCAAAUAUGCAGUUGGUGUUGGAUUUUUUAAAAAAUGAAGUUAAUGAGAAGUGUCAAUUCAUUAAAUAUUCCUAGUGAAUUCCUGUACAUAAUGAAUCAGAUUUGUACAUUUUGCUGUUUUUAUUUAGUGUUAGAUGUAUAAAGUUCUGGUUAUUUCUGUCAUCAAAUAAACGGAGCUCUGCCAAUGAA